UAAACAUGGCAACACAGAAGCGCGGGUGAAUACGAACCGUGACCUCGUUUCCUACCCCGUCGCCCCAAAGUCGGCAUGAGGGCGCAGCCUUAGCGAUACCUUAUCGUAUCGACCCACCAUCCGCCAUUAACACGCAUGCGCAAAAAUAUGCGGAAUAACUGACGUUUCAGCCAGCCAGUACCACGGCGAAAAUCCACACGACCCUGUAAAUAAAACUGUAAAUAUUCCUAAAUUAAAAAUAGUGACUGUGAUUCGAAUGUUUUUAAAAAUUGACGCUGUGUUUGGUGAUUUCUGAACGGGGCGGGAGCUAGUUGUAAGCCACAAUGAUCGACCCCAGCUCGUCGGAAGAGGACAGUGAGGAUGAACACAAGAAGCAGCCCACCAACAAAUUACAACCUGUGGCUCCACCUGGAUCGUUGGCAAGCGGGCGGCCCUCGGUCCGCGGCAAGCCGGAGCUACCUCGCGGCUCAACAGCCGGCCUACAGGGUGCGAGUCCCCUCACAACGGCCCCUCUCGCCGCUCCCCUCCACCCCGCCACCCGGCAGCGGGAGCAAGCCGCGCUAGCACCACCACCACAUGCAUCGUUCUUGCGCAGGACGUCGACCGGGAGUGCGAGCUCCGGGGAGGCGCCGGCGCCGUCGCCUAGUCCUUCAGGGGCCAGCCAUUCUGACAAGGACCAAGACCCUCAGGAAAAGAUCGAAAAGCUAGAGGAGGACAAGAAGCGGCGACUGCAGUUGUACGUGUUCGUGUCGCGAUGCAUCGCGCACCCGUUCAACGCCAAACAGCCCACGGACAUGACGCGGCGGCACACCAAGCUCACGCCUCACCAGCUGGAAACCAUUCAGGCGCGGUUUCAGGCAUUUCUAAAAGGCGAAACCCAAAUCCUCGCCGACGAGGCCUUCCAGAACGCUGUCCAGUCGUACCACGACGUGUUCCUCAAAUCCGAGAGGGUCGAGCAGAUGGUCAGAUCCGGCGCCUGCAGUCACCACGACUUCCGCGAGGUCUUCCGGAACAAUAUCGAGAAGAGAGUCAGGUCUUUGCCAGAAAUUGAUGGAUUAAGUAAAGAAACAGUCUUAACGUCGUGGCUAGCUAAAUUCGACUGUAUCAUGAAAGGAACGGGUGUUCUGGGCGACGAUGAAUCCAAGCGGCCGUCGCGGGCUCAACAGCAGAGUCUCAACGCGGAGUGCAUCCUGAGCAAAGAGCAGCUGUACGACAUGUUCCAGCAGAUCCUUGGAGUCAAGAAGUUUGAGCACCAGCUUCUGUUCAACGCGCUGCUUCUGGAUUCUGCAGAUGAACAAGCAGCCGCCAUCCGGAGAGAGCUGGAUGGAAGAAUGCAGAAAGUCAACGAGAUGGAAAGGAACCGCAAGCUAAUGCCGAAGUUCGUCCUUAAAGAGAUGGAGUCCCUCUACAUCGAAGAGCUCAAGUCCUCGAUCAAUCUCCUCAUGGCCAACUUGGAGUCCCUGCCCGUGUCCAAGGGCGGGGCUGACUCCAAAUACGGCCUGCAUAAAAUCAAGCGGUAUAAUCACAGAUCAAACGCCGGGCCUGACCCGAGUCCAAGGUUGAGUAAGCAGCUGUGUUUCAGAUCGCAAGGGUCUCUGGCCAACAAGUUGACUGGCGAGGGUGACGGCGGAGAUGUCGACACUCAGCUGACCAAAAUGGAUGUCGUUCUGACUUUCCAAAUAGAGGUAGUAGUGAUGGAGGUAAAGGGUCUAAAGUCAUUAGCACCGAACCGGAUAGUGUAUUGUACGAUGGAAGUGGAAGGGGGCGACAAGCUGCAGACCGACCAGGCUGAGGCGUCCAAACCGAUGUGGGACACUCAAGGUGACUUUAGUACUACACAGCCCCUACCAGCUGUAAAAGUCAAGUUAUACACGGAGAACCCUGGAGUACUAGCCCUGGAAGAUAAGGAACUGGGUAAAGUGGUCCUCAGACCUACGCCACUUUCUAGCAAGGCUCCAGAAUGGCACCGCAUGACGGUACCAAAGAACCUUCCAGAUCAAGAUCUUCGAAUCAAAAUAGCGUGUCGGAUGGAUAAGCCACUGAACAUGAAACACUGCGGGUACCUCUACGUGAUCGGCAAGAAUGUCUGGAGGAAAUGGAAGCGGCGCUACAUGGUGCUGGUACAAGUGAGCCAAUACACGUUCGCGCUGUGCUCCUACAAAGACAAGAAGUCAGAGCCCGCGGAGAUGAUGCAGCUGGACGGUUUCACGGUGGACUAUAUAGAGCUGGCUAGCGCGCAACUAAUGGUUGGGCAAGAACUGGAAGGCGCCAAGAACUUCAUGAACGCUGUCCGCGACGGCGAAUCCGUGUUGAUGGGAGUGGGCGACGAGAACGAAUGCCACUUGUGGGUCAUGGCCUUAUACAGGGCCACAGGCCAGAGUCACAAGCCCACUCCACCUACUACAUCGGAUACGCAUCAUAAGAUCAUGGGAGAUGCAGACAAGGCGCGUAAGCAUGGAAUGGAGGACUACAUCCAGGCAGACCCGUGUCAGUACGACCACCACCAGCUGUUCUGUACGCUGCAGUCCCUCACGCUGAAAUACCGGCUCCAAGAUCCUUACUGCUCAUUGGGUUGGUUCUCCCCCGGUCAAGUGUUCGUGCUCGACGAAUACUGCGCGCGUUACGGCGUCCGCGGCUGCUUCCGUCACCUCUGCUACCUCUCCGACCUCCUCGACGUCGCCGAGAGCGCCUCCCAGACUGUAGACCCCACACUCAUGCAUUACUCCUUCGCGUUCUGUGCGAGUCACGUGCAUGGCAACAGGCCCGAUGGCGUGGGCAGCAUCACCGUCCAGGAGAAGGAGAAGUUCGCGGAGAUCAAGGAGCGGCUCAAGGCGCUGCUGCAGCACCAGAUCACCAACUUCCGAUAUGCGUUCCCGUUCGGAAGACCGGAGGGGGCGUUGAAGGCUACACUAUCUCUGCUAGAAAGGGUUCUCAUGAAAGAUGUAGUAACUCCCGUGGCACCCGAAGAAGUCCGUGCUAUGAUCCAAACCAGUUUAGAGAACGCAGCGCUACUGAACUACACACAACUCAGUCAAAAGGCCAACAUUGAAGAGGACUUAAGAGGAGAAACAAUGGUGACACCAGCAAAGAAAUUGGAGGACCUGAUACAUUUAGCAGAGCUGUGCGUUGAUCUCCUUCAGCAAAAUGAAGAACACUACGCGGAGGUGUAUAACACAAAACCGGACUCUAGCGGUCAACCAAAUGCGUUUGCGUGGUUCUCGGAGCUGUUGGUGGAGCAUGCUGAGAUAUUUUGGGCCCUGUUCGGUGUUGACAUGGAUCGGGUUUUAGCGGAACAACCUCCUGAUACGUGGGAUUCCUUCCCGUUGUUCCAGAUUUUGAACGAUUAUUUGAGAACUGACGAAAAUUUGAAAGGCGGUCGUUUCCACGAGCACCUAAGAGACACGUUCGCUCCACUCGUGGUGCGGUACGUGGACCUCAUGGAGUCCUCCAUCGCGCAGAGCCUGCACAAGGGCUUCGAGAAGGAGCGGUGGGAGAUUAAGGGCAACGGCUGUUCAACAAGCGAAGAGUUGUUUUGGAAGCUGGAUGCGCUGCAAUGCUUCAUCAGGGACCUGCACUGGCCGGAGCCAGAGUUCCGGUCACACCUGGAACAGAGGCUCAAGCUGAUGGCCAGCGAUAUGAUGGAGACCUGCAUCCAACGGACGGAGUCAUCUUUCCAGUCGUGGCUGAAGAAGAGCAUAACGUUCAUGUCAACGGACUACAUCCUGCCGGCAGAGACAUGCGCCAUGGUGAAUGUGGCGCUAGACGCCAAAAACCAGGCGCUCAAGUUGUGUGCUGUGGAGGGUGUGGACAUUUACCAAUAUCACGCGAAAAUGGACGCCCAAAUCGACUCCUGCCUCCAAGCGAUGGCGACGGGUAUGACUACGCGAUUGUCAGCCGUGCUAGAAGCCACGCUAGCUAAGAUCGCACGGUUCGAUGAGGGGAGUUUGAUCGGCUCAAUCUUGACGAUAGCCAACGUGUCUGGGUCGGGCAAGGACAUCGGGCAGGGCUACGUCAACUUUAUGAGGAAUUCUAUGGACCAAAUCAGAUCCAAGGUGACAGAUGAGUUAUGGAUAUUACAACUAUUCGAGCAGUGGUACGGCAUCCAAGUAGGGCUGGUCAACACGUGGCUAACAGAACGGCCUGCGUUACACCCCCAACAAGUCGCGUGCCUUUCCAUCAUUCUGAAGAAAAUGUACAGUGAUUUCGAGCUGCAGGGUGUGAUAGAUGACAAGCUGAACUCCAAGAUUUACCAGAACGUAGCGUCUCGUAUGCACACGGAGGAAGCUACAUGCAGCUUGCUACUGGCUCAACAGGACGCUGGGGGCGGAGACGAGGGUUCAGAAGAAGGGUCGAGGAGCGGCAAAUCGAAGCUGGAAGCGCUCACGGAAGAAGCAAAGCUUGGCAAUGUGACUGCUGUCGUUGGGAAGGUUGGCAACAUCUUUGGGCGAGGCAUCGGCGAGCUGUCAUCGAAGAUAGGCGGCGCUUCGUCCUGGUUCUAGCGCCUCACAUGCGUUUUAUUAUUUGCCUACAUCGGUGUAGAGAGAUGAGAAUCCAUGCCUCGUAAUACUGCGAAGGGCCCUGCCGCGAGGGCCUAUUGCAAAAAUCGAAAAAUCGAAAUUUCAUUAUCUGCCUCUCUAUCGCUCUUGUAUAGGUAUUCGAACGAUAGACAAGUAGUUAAUUAUUUUCAAUGUUCGCGGGAGACCUAGAUUGCUGGUUGCGAACAACCUGGAUAUCUCAGAUAGCGAACCUUUAAGCUAACAGAUUGGAACGACAGAUUUUUGCGUCUGUUGGUGCCUUUACUGGUGAUCAGUUAGAUUUUUCAAUUGGCAACACUAAAUUUGUUAUUUAUUAUGAUUCUGCAUUCACAUGAGGCUAGUUAACAGCAAAUCUACCUUGAUGUCAACUUAAAUAGCACGAGAUUGAAUGAAUAAUCAAUUGUUUUAAACAUUUAGUGUUGUCAAUUUGAAUCUAUCGAACUUAUCACAGUAAACUUUUUGAGAAAUGCUUGAUCUGAUAGUUUUGCGAUCUGCGCGUUAACCAUCGUUUAGAAUUAUUUAAAAAUUCUGAAAACAAUUUGCCCAUUCAGAAUUUGCUAAAAAGACAAAAUGCAAUAAUCAGAUCAAGCAUUUUCCUUCCGGCAGUAUUAAAAAGCUUAAAAAUAUGCUAUGAUGAAAUAAUUUCAUUUUGCUUUCAAAUUUGGAAUUAGAAUUUCCGCCAUUUUUAAAAUAAAUAAAUGGCAUCUUACGCGCUAGGUAAUACUUAAGUGGCCAGUCGCAUAUAGUUAGCUUAGUGUGAUUUAGUAGGUAUAGUAAUUAUUUUAUAAAAAAAAGCUUUAUUAUGUACAGUUAGGGUCACCAUUUAUUCGAUACCAUUGUACUAGGUGUGUAUAUUAAGAGUAGUAUUUGAUAACACGAAAUGAUAACAAUAAUGAAAUACGAAUGCAUAAAUACAUAGGUAAACACAUGCUACAAUAAGAAAACAUAUCGCUUUGGCAAGAGUAUAUUUUAUGUGUUGUAAUUUGUAUAUUACAAUUAUUACGGUGGCGUUAUUUACAAAAAUAUAUCGUAAAAGUAAAUUGUAAUGAGUUUGAAAAUAAGGGAAACGAGUGCACGGAGAAUGCUUAUUUUGUUAACAUCACAGAAGAAAUUAUUUUAUAUCCCUACUAAUUACAGAUAGUAGAUACGCCACUUAAAAAGAAGUUUCCAAAUACCUAGUUAUCACCAUAUAUGGCCGUACGGCAGAUGGAUUAAUUAAAAAUAAUAACUUUUUUUGGGAAAGUGGCAUAUCUACAUUUGUAUUAUGAUCUGUGUCGCUAUGCUCCCAGGUAACAUCCAAAUGCACUAUCUCAGAAAGUGUAGUUUCCAAUGCAACUCUUUCUAUACCUACUUCAAGAAAACAUAUUUUUCUAAUAGACUUCGUAAUUCACUUUUUACAUCAUUUGUUUAAUCUAGUUCUAAUCUAAUGUUUACCUCAAAACUUUUGGAAUGCAUUCUUAUAAAAAUAUAAAGGCGCGAGAAUCGUAUUUUUGCUAACCCUACAUAAUGUUGCCAGUUAUUCAAUUUUCACCCCAUUUCGGGGUAAAAGAUGUUUUUAUAAAAAUGCAUGAUUAAAUUGAAAGUUAGUCACUGUUUGCUAUAGUACUAUUUCUCUAUAGUUUAAAGCUCUAAUCUAUUAAAAUAUCUAAUGACUACACUUUACCUUGACUUAGUCAUCGAUAUAACUAUUUAUAAAUGAAUAUGUAUAACAUUAUAGUUAUUUGUUGACAAACAAUAUUCUUCUACGCUAAACACCUUACAAAUUUUUAAACUAGGUGAAAAAUUUAAAGUCCUUAGAUAAACUUAACAUAAAUGACAGCGAGUAGUCGCUAUGCUGAGCCUUAUUACUAAAGGGCGACUGACGGAUGUUAUUAUAAUGUCAAUAACAUCAGUUGGCAUUAAUACAUGCUUGAAGUAGUAGUGAUUGCUACAAGAAGCAAAUAAAUUCGAGCAAAACGUAUAUUACCUACGGUGGCAAUACAGUUAUUACACUGUACAUACCGCUAAAUUAUAUUGCAAACACUAGAGGUUGUAGGUAAUAAGGUACCAGUAUUGUAGUGCAUUUCAGCAUGUCAAGCUUCUUUAUAAAAAUAAAAUCGAAACUAUCCAUCAUAUAGUCACCAAUAAAUAGCAUCUGGCAGCCGCCCAUUUCUUAUUACUCGUAAUGUUGAGGAAGGCUUGAGAAAGGCUUUUGAAGGCAAAUGAUUUUCAUUAUAUCACUUUUCAGCGUUUUGACUAAAUCAUUACAUUUAUAUCUUGGCAUCUUAACACGCAAUAGCUUCAGACGGGUGAUCACAAACUUAUAUUUGCUGCUGGAAAUGUCGGUAUACGCCUGUACGGUCUAAGAAAUGAUUGAAAUCAGUACGUGAUGACAGGAAUUCUAGAUUUACACAGCAUGCCUGUAAGUUUGUAUGGUAUAACGAUAACAUCUAGGUGAUGGUUUUCGCGCUUCUUGGAUUACCUACACUAUAAUUACAGUUUAGUAGAGUACUAGUAUUUAUUGGGGAAUAUUACGCAAAACUGCGUAGAGGGCAUCACUAGCACAAUCACAGGGCCUGCCGCAAAACACAAAAAUCGAAAGUUCGGUUUCUCCCUCUCUAUCACUUGCAUAUUCGAUCGAUAGAGAGGCAGGUAACGUGUAAACAAACCGCCUUGAUGCAUUAAUAUCAUAGUGAAAACUAGUCAAAAAACUGUUUAAGGCAUAGUUUGUAUAAGUUAAUUUAUGGUUUAGGAUGUGCACUAGUGCUGCACUCUGGCGGCAGAACAUUGUAGUAAUAUUCCCUAUUGUAUGAAAACAUUUUUUACAAUAACUUUUUUAUUUUUACUAGAUGCCAAGAUCACAGUAAAAUUAAAAAGAAACUCAACCGGAAACGGAUUUGACCAAGCAUUAGUUUAAUCUGGAAAUCAUAAUCAUUAUAACGACCAUUUACACUAGAAAUGAAUGCUGAGUCCGGAUAUAUUUAGCACUCUAUCGCAUUUAAUGCCUCCAUUUUAACGCCUGUGGGUUUUUACAAAAAUGUAUCUGUCAGGCUAAAGGCGACAAAGUGCUAAGUCAUCUGGAGCCUGCGACACAAUUUAGUACUGUAAUAGCACAGUAAAUAAUCGACAUUAGGUAUUGUAGUGCUCAUUUAUCAAAAAUAAGAGGAACAUGUAAAGUAUCUAUUCAUAUUUAUAUUUUAUUUUGCCUUCGUUUUUCUUUACGAAUGAUGACUAUAUUUCUAAUGCGCAGAACGCAUGACAUGAUUUUGGGUAUAUUUUUUUACAAAGUAAAUUUAACUUAUGAUAAUUAUGAUUUUAAAUUUGUAAUUCAUAAUUCAUAAUUCAUUUAUUGCUUAUUAUCAUGUGGUACAAAACAGAUGUUACAUUAGGGUACGUUCACACAUGAACCCUGUUAGGGCACAGCAAGUAUUUCUUAAAUCGUUUGAAGACACGAAGAUCAAUAAAUUUAACUUAUGAUUUAAUUUUUUUGAGUAGGACUACUCCGACUACUCGAGACACGAAGAUCCAAGUAAAAUAAUCUAAACAUAUUUCACGAAAUGGUGGUGGGCACUUUGACGUGUGUCCUAUUGUGCGUGACUGAGCGUUACUUCCGUCAGAAAAAAAAACCGAGUUACCCUCUAGUCGCGCCUGAAGAAGUUUGAAAAAGUGGUAAAAUAUAAAUAGUGGGUUUUAAUGCCCGAUUUCAUUUAUGCGUUCUCACAUUAAAUUUGCUUCACUAUUUUUCCUCUAGUUUGGAAUCGAGCUCAAUCAAAAAGUACACACCUGUAGUGUCUAAGUACGUCUAGUACGAGCGGACUGAUAAUGUUCUAAGUUCUUAGACUUGCUUAUAAUGUAUUAUUUCGCCACGAUAUGGUUGAGAUUCUGUAUGGCUUAUAAUCUAAAACAGUAUAAUCACUUGCGCCUAUAAAGCUUAAAUAAUAAUACUACUUAAUUUGGUAACAGUAGCAUCAUUUAGUUGACAAUGACAAUGGUGGACAAUUGAAUGAAUACGAAUAUCAUUGCUCAGCUGUAUUAUUAUGUAUAUAAAAAAUUUUUGGUUUUUAAUAACUAAAGCCUAAAAAAUGCAUGGAACAGUAUCGAUGCCAUCUAAGAACUUUUGUCAAAUAAUAUCUAAUUAUCGCUCAGUCAUUUGUUUUAAUAUAAUAUUCUAAAAUCGAAAUCCUUAAUUCAUUAUAACAAGUUUGAAGCUAUAACUCGUUAAACAUAUCUAGAAAUUUACCUAUAUAAUAGUGGCCUAAAUACUAGGAAUAAAUAUUGCUAAAGCUGUUAAAAUGCCUUAUGCAUUAGUAGGUAAAAAUAUCUAAAUCUAACUUACAUUCGUAAACUUCGUCUUCAAUAUCUAAUUUAAAAAAUGUUACCAGAUUGAAGUAUUAUUAGUUAAACACGGAUUAACCAUUCAAAAGUGAGUAAUUUUGUCUGCGCCAUACUGAGUCUCUGAAAUGCUUCGAAUGCCACCGGGUGUAUUGCGAUUGUAAGGGGAUACAAUAAAUAUAUUUACAAUAAAAAUGUUUACUGUUUA